AUGGCCACCUCCGCUGUCGGGGCCGAGCCGGCGGCGUCCAGUACGGCGCCCGGCGUCCAGCCCGCUGCCCCUCCGGGCCCGUCGCUGCACCUGCUCACCUCCUACUUCAUCGACGGCAUCCUGGGCCGCGCCGGGCCGCCCGGGGGCUCCGCGAAGGGCCGGCGCGGGGCCCCGCGGAGCGGCCGCCGGCGGCCCGGAAAGUUCCCGGGAGCCCCGGCGCCCCCGGAGCCGCGCCACCGGGAGGACGAAGAGGAGAAGAGCGGCGGCCGGCGGGCCCCGCUGGGGGCGGCGGGCGAGCCCGCCAAGAGGAAGCAGCGCCGCUACCGCACCACCUUCAGCAACUUCCAGCUGGAGCAGCUGGAGCAAGCUUUCCGCAAGUCCCACUACCCCGACGUCUUCACCAGAGAGGAGCUAGCCAUGCGCUUGGAUUUAACGGAAGCCCGAGUCCAGGUUUGGUUUCAGAAUAGAAGGGCAAAAUGGAGGAAGCGUGAGAAGACUGAAAUUCUUGGGAACGUGCCCGGAAUCUCCCUGACCCAUCCCUUAAGUUUAUACUUGGAUGUCCCACUGAGUUCCUCAGCCCUUUUGGACCCUGUGUGGAGGUCAUUGCCUCUCUCAACCAUGCCAAUGCCACCUGUGACUCCAGCCUUCAGCCCUGCAACCUUAGGGCCCUUUGCUCUCAGCAAUCUAACUUGGACAUCGCUCUUCAGAAAUCCCAUUUUAAGUCCCCAUUUUGGAAGGUUCCUCAAUGCUCUAAAUCCUCUCGUGACUACAGCUUCGGUGCUAAUGAAAGCCCCAGGACCACCGUCAGACCCUACACCGACUGCCUUCUCUGAUCCAGCAGCUGUUGAAAGGAAAACGUCUAGCAUUGCAGCAUUAAGACUCAAAGCGAAAGAACAUUCAGCACAAAUCCCUCAAUUAAACCUCAUAUCCAGUCUUACAAACACUGACAAAGAACUUGGUUAGAAAUUCUCAUAGACUGCAGCAAAGGAGAAAGAAUAUAAUAAAAGCACCCAACGCUAGUUUUUCCACUUGCCAGAUGGACUGCCGAGGGGAGAAAAAUGUACAAAAUCCUAGUAGAGAUCAUUUCCUCUCAUUUAAUAAACAUUGUGAAUCUGUAUGGGUAAUUAAUAAGUGAGUUACACAGCACAAGCUCAGCCAGUGCCAAGACAUAGACCAAUGAUCAACUGUUCUACAUGAAAUGAAACUAAUAAGGAUGUUAUUUGUUUGUUUUUUCAAAGAUGUUGGCUAUCAACAGAUGUUACAGUCCUAAGGUGUAAAUUGUAGAACUGGCAGAUUUUUGUGUGUGUGGUUUUUAAAGGUCACAAAGUAUGUCUCAGGAGGAGCAGUGUCGCUUCAAUAGCUUAGAACUAAUAUAAUCAAUAUAUUGUUUGUUAAAUUAAAAAUCAUGCUUCAUGUUGAAGUAAAUAUGAUGGUGAAAUUUCACAUGAUGGAUCAAUGAUGUACCUGGACAAACUGAG